AGGCGCCCUGCUAGGUGUGUGCGCAGCCGCUGUCUCUCGAGGUCGGUCCCGCCCCGCGGUACUCGGCUUCGCGCGGCGCCGACCCCCCGGGCUGAAUGGUACGGCCCUGCUCCGGCUUCCCCUCCGUCCGCAUCCAGCGCCGAGUGGUGCGCGCCCCCAGGUGCAGACGCGGAACUGGCGCCCGCUCGGAACGGCGCCGCGCGGGGGACAUCGGGCCGGGCCUGGCCAGUCCCCCGGUGCUCGGGAGACUUUAAUUUUCAGAAUUCCUCCUGGGAAUGCUGACUCCUUGCUUGGUGCCCAGAUGCUUCUCUGAGAUGAACUGAUGAAUUGGAACCAUGGUGCAAAAGAAGAAGUUCUGUCCUCGGUUACUUGACUAUUUAGUGAUCGUAGGGGCCAGGCACCCGAGCAGUGAUAGUGUGGCCCAGACUCCUGAAUUGCUACGGCGAUACCCAUUAGAGGACCACGCUGAGUUUCCCCUGCCCCCAGAUGUAGUGUUCUUCUGCCAGCCUGAGGGCUGCCUGAGCGUGCGGCAGCGGCGCAUGAGCCUUCGGGAUGAUACCUCUUUUGUCUUCACCCUCACUGACAAGGACACUGGAGUCACGCGAUACGGCAUCUGUGUUAACUUCUACCGCUCCUUCCAAAAGCGAAUCCCUAAGGAAAAGGGGGAAGGCGGGGCAGGGUCCCGUGGGAAGGAAGGAACCCGUGCCACCUGUGCCUCGGAAGAGGGUGGCACCGAGAGUUCAGAGAGUGGCUCAUCUCUGCAGCCUCCCAAUGCCGACUCCACCCCCGAUGUGAACCAGUCUCCUCGGGGCAAACGCCGGGCCAAGGCGGGGAGUCGCUCCCGAAACAGUACUCUCACGUCCCUGUGUGUGCUCAGUCACUACCCUUUCUUUUCCACCUUCCGAGAGUGUCUGUAUACUCUCAAGCGUCUGGUGGACUGUUGUAGCGAGCGCCUGCUGGGCAAGAAACUGGGCAUCCCUCGAGGCGUACAAAGGGACACCAUGUGGCGGAUUUUUACUGGAUCGUUGCUGGUGGAAGAGAAGUCAAGUGCCCUUCUGCAUGAUCUUCGAGAGAUUGAGGCCUGGAUUUAUCGAUUGCUGCGUUCUCCAGUACCCAUCUCUGGGCAGAAGCGGGUAGACAUCGAAGUCCUACCCAAGGAGCUCCAGCCAGCUCUGACCUUUGCUCUUCCAGACCCAUCUCGAUUCACCCUAGUGGAUUUCCCACUGCACCUUCCCUUGGAACUUCUGGGUGUAGACGCCUGUCUCCAGGUGCUAACCUGCAUUCUGUUAGAGCACAAGGUGGUGUUACAGUCCCGAGACUACAACGCACUCUCCAUGUCCGUGAUGGCAUUCGUGGCAAUGAUCUACCCACUGGAGUAUAUGUUUCCUGUCAUCCCGCUGCUUCCCACCUGCAUGGCAUCAGCAGAGCAGCUGCUGUUGGCUCCAACCCCAUACAUCAUUGGGGUUCCUGCCAGCUUUUUCCUCUACAAACUGGACUUCAAAAUGCCUGAUGACGUAUGGCUAGUGGAUCUGGACAGCAACAGGGUGAUUGCCCCCAGCAAUGCAGAAGUGCUGCCUAUCCUGCCAGAACCAGAAUCAUUAGAGCUGAAAAAGCAUUUAAAGCAGGCCUUGGCCAGCAUGAGUCUCAAUACCCAACCCAUCCUCAAUCUGGAGAAAUUUCAUGAGGGCCAGGAGAUCCCCCUUCUCUUGGGAAGGCCUUCUAAUGACCUGCAGUCCACACCCUCCACUGAAUUCAACCCACUCAUCUACGGCAAUGAUGUGGAUUCUGUGGAUGUUGCAACCAGGGUCGCCAUGGUACGGUUUUUCAACUCUGCCAAUGUGCUGCAGGGAUUUCAGAUGCACACGCGUACCCUGCGUCUCUUCCCUCGGCCUGUGGUGGCUUUUCAAGCUGGCUCCUUUCUAGCCUCACGUCCCCGGCAGACUCCUUUUGCCGAGAAAUUGGCCAGGACUCAGGCUGUGGAGUACUUUGGGGAAUGGAUCCUUAACCCCACCAACUAUGCCUUUCAGCGAAUUCACAACAAUAUGUUUGAUCCAGCCCUGAUUGGUGACAAGCCAAAGUGGUAUGCUCAUCAGCUGCAGCCCAUCCACUAUCGCGUCUAUGACAGCAAUUCCCAGCUGGCUGAGGCCCUGAGUGUACCACCAGAGCGGGACUCUGACUCCGAACCUACUGAUGAUAGUGGCAGUGAUAGUAUGGAUUAUGACGAUUCAAGCUCUUCUUACUCCUCCCUUGGUGACUUUGUCAGUGAAAUGAUGAAAUGUGACAUUAAUGGUGAUACUCCCAAUGUGGACCCUCUGACGCAUGCAGCACUGGGGGAUGCCAGCGAGGUGGAGAUUGACGAGUUGCAGAACCAGAAGGAAGCAGAAGAUCCUGGCCCAGACAAUGAGAACUCUCAGGAAAACCCCCCACUGCGCUCCAGCUCCAGUACCACCGCCAGCAGCAGCCCCAGCACCAUUAUUCAUGGAGCCAACUCUGAACCUGCUGACUCUACGGAGAUGGAGGAUAAGGCAGCAGUAGGCGUCUCCAAGCCCCUCCCUUCCGUUCCUCCCAGCAUUGGCAAGUCGAACGUGGACAGACGUCAGACAGAAAUUGGAGAGGGGUCAGUGCGCCGGCGAAUCUAUGACAAUCCAUACUUCGAGCCCCAAUAUGGCUUUCCCCCUGAGGAAGAUGAGGAUGAGCAGGGGGAAAGUUACACUCCCCGAUUCAGCCAACAUGUCAAUGGCAAUCGGGCUCAGAAGCUGCUGCGGCCCAACAGCUUGAGACUGGCAAGUGACUCCGAUGCAGAGUCAGACUCUCGGGCAAGCUCUCCCAACUCCACCGUCUCCAACACCAGCACCGAGGGCUUCGGGGGCAUCAUGUCUUUUGCCAGCAGCCUCUAUCGGAACCACAGUACCAGCUUCAGUCUUUCAAACCUCACACUGCCCACCAAAGGUGCCCGAGAGAAGGCCACGCCCUUCCCCAGUCUGAAAGUAUUUGGGCUAAAUACUCUAAUGGAGAUUGUUACUGAAGCCGGCCCCGGGAGUGGUGAAGGAAACAGGAGGGCGUUAGUGGAUCAGAAGUCGUCUGUCAUUAAACACAGCCCAACAGUGAAAAGAGAACCUCCAUCACCCCAGGGGCGAUCCAGCAAUUCUAGUGAGAACCAGCAGUUUCUGAAGGAGGUGGUGCACAGCGUGCUGGAUGGCCAGGGAGUUGGCUGGCUCAACAUGAAAAAGGUGCGCCGGCUGCUGGAGAGUGAGCAGCUGCGAGUCUUUGUCCUGAGCAAGCUGAACCGCACGGUGCAGUCAGAGGACGAUGCCCGGCAGGACAUCAUCCCGGAUGUGGAGAUCAGUCGAAAGGUGUACAAGGGAAUGUUAGACCUCCUCAAGUGCACAGUCCUCAGCCUGGAGCAGUCCUAUGCCCAUGCGGGUCUGGGUGGCAUGGCCAGCAUCUUUGGGCUUCUGGAGAUUGCCCAGACCCACUACUAUAGUAAAGAACCAGACAAGCGGAAGAGAAGUCCAACAGAAAGUGUAAAUACCUCAGUUGGCAAGGAUCCUGGCCUAGCUGGGCGGGGGGACCCAAAGGCUAUGGCACAGCUGAGAGUUCCCCAACUGGGACCUCGGGCACCCAGUGCCACAGGAAAGGGUCCUAAGGAACUGGACACCAAAAGUUUAAAGGAAGAAAAUUUUAUAGCAUCUAUUGAAUUGUGGAACAAGCACCAGGAAGUGAAAAAGCAAAAAGCUUUGGAAAAACAGAGGCCUGAAGUAAUCAAACCUGUCUUUGACCUUGGUGAGACAGAGGAGAAAAAGUCCCAGAUAAGCACAGACGGCGGUGUGAGCCUGACGUCUAGUUCCCAGAAGACCGAUCAAGACUCUGUCAUCAGCGUGAGUCCAGCUGUUAUGAUCCGCAGCUCAAGUCAGGAUUCUGAAGUUAGCACCGUGGUGAGUAAUAGUUCUGGAGAGACACUUGGAGCUGACAGUGACUUGAGCAGCAAUGCAGGUGAUGGACCAGGUGGCGAGGGCAGUGUUCACCUGGCAAGCUCUCGGGGCACUUUGUCUGAUAGUGAAAUUGAGACCAACUCUGCCACAAGCACCAUCUUUGGUAAAGCCCACAGCUUGAAGCCAAGUGUAAAGGAGAAGCUGGCAGGCAGUCCAAUUCGUGCUUCUGAAGAUGUGAGCCAGCGAGUCUACCUCUAUGAAGGACUCCUAGGAAGGGACAAAGGAUCCAUGUGGGACCAGUUAGAGGAUGCAGCUAUGGAGACCUUUUCUAUAAGCAAAGAGCGUUCUACUUUAUGGGACCAAAUGCAAUUCUGGGAAGAUGCCUUCUUAGAUGCUGUGAUGUUGGAGAGAGAAGGGAUGGGUAUGGACCAGGGUCCCCAGGAAAUGAUUGACAGGUACCUGUCCCUGGGAGAACAUGACCGGAAGCGCCUGGAAGAUGAUGAAGAUCGCCUGCUGGCUACACUUUUGCACAACCUCAUCUCCUACAUGCUGCUGAUGAAGGUAAAUAAGAAUGACAUCCGCAAGAAGGUGAGGCGGCUAAUGGGAAAGUCGCACAUUGGGCUUGUGUACAGCCAGCAAAUCAAUGAGGUGCUUGAUCAGCUGGCAAAUCUGAAUGGACGCGAUCUCUCUAUCUGGUCCAGUGGCAGCCGGCACAUGAAGAAGCAGACAUUUGUGGUACAUGCAGGGACAGAUACAAAUGGAGAUAUCUUUUUUAUGGAGGUGUGUGAUGACUGUGUGGUAUUGCGCAGUAACAUCGGAACGGUGUAUGAGCGCUGGUGGUAUGAGAAGCUCAUCAACAUGACCUACUGUCCCAAGACCAAGGUGUUGUGCUUGUGGCGUAGAAAUGGCUCUGAGACCCAGCUCAACAAGUUCUAUACUAAAAAGUGUCGGGAGCUGUACUACUGUGUGAAGGACAGCAUGGAGCGCGCUGCCGCCCGACAGCAAAGCAUCAAACCCGGACCUGAACUGGGUGGCGAGUUCCCCGUGCAGGACAUGAAGACUGGUGAGGGUGGCCUGCUGCAGGUCACCCUGGAAGGGAUCAACCUCAAGUUCAUGCACAACCAGGAGCGGAAGGUUUUCAUAGAGCUGAAUCACAUUAAAAAGUGCAAUACAGUUCGAGGCGUCUUUGUCCUGGAGGAAUUUGUUCCUGAAAUUAAAGAAGUGGUGAGCCACAAGUACAAGACACCAAUGGCCCAUGAGAUCUGCUACUCUGUGUUGUGUCUCUUCUCGUAUGUGGCUGCGGUUCGUAGCAGUGAGGAAGAUCUCAGAACCCCACCCCGGCCUGUCUCUAGCUGAUGGAGAGGGGCUACACAGCCAGCCGCCCCAGCCCAGGGCACGCCCCUGGCCUCUUGCUGUUCCCAAGUGCACGAUGCUGCUGUGACCGAGGAGUGGAUGAUGCUCCUGUGUCCUCUGCAAGCCCCCUGCUGUGGCUUAGUUGGUUACCAGUUAUGUGUUUCUGAGUGUGUCUUUGAGUGUGUCCACCUUCUCCCUCUCCACUCCCAGAAGACCAAACUGCCUUCCCCUCAGGGCUCAAGAGUGAGUGUGUGUGUGUGCGCGUGCGUGUGUGUCCUGGAGAUACUGGUGUUGUGGUGGUUUGUCCUUGUCCCUGGCGGCGUAACUGUCCACCGCAAGAGUCCAGCUCUCCAUGCUCUGUGACCUGGCACGACAGGGUGCCUGGAGCAUUUCCAUUCUGUGAGGAGUGAGGGAACCAUGGGGCUCACCCUCUCAGAGGAAGGACAGACAGGAAGGGAAGGACUGGGGGGCAGCCGGAGCGAAUGGCAGCCUCCCUGCUUCCUUCUGCAUUCCCAACCCAGCAGCUGCUGCCUGCCUGCAGUGGAGCAGCGAGUUCCCUGUGGCCUGCCGUGCCUUUGGCAUCAGAGGACGCAGUGGUUGAGGCUCGUGACAUCCCAGGGACUGCUGGCUGCUCCGCCUGAGCAUUGGGGAGGGGGCAGGAAAGACCAAGCUGGGUUUGCACAUCUGUGUCCUCAGGCUGUGUCUCCGGGUAUGGGGUGCCAGGAGGGAGAGGUGGCCUGGGUGUGGGCAAGAAAUGCCUGUAAAUAUUUCAGCCCCACAUUAUUUAUAGAAAAUGUACAGCUGUGUGAAUGUGAAAUAAAUGUCCUUGACUCCC